UGCCGCUCGACGCUGCUUUGGAGAGUUGGAGGGGAACUGAUGGGCAUCGCAGUCCAGCCGCAAGCCGCUUGGGUGCCGAGCUGCUGCCGCCGCCGCUGUGGCCGUCGGUUGCCUUCGCCGGAGGCUCCCCAUGCGAGUGGUGGGAUCGCACUGUAAGAUGUAGAAUGCUCCCGGUGCCGAGAGCCGAGCGGCAGCAGCCUCUCCUGUGGCCCGGGAAUGCGGAGCCCCCAGCGCUUCCUUGGAUUUGGAUGGUCCCGAGCGCGGCUGGGCUCUUUCGGAUCAGGGGCGCUGCUGGCGUGGUGCCCCCGCCUCUGCUGCUCUCCUCGCCGCCUCACCCACCCCCACCGCCUCCUGCCCCGCUGCUCCAGGGGCUUUCAGGCUGGCAACUUCCCUGCGACCCUUUCCUGCCUUUGAUGGCACCGGAGCACCAUUCCGCCGUUCCCCAGCUUCCCUUUGUGAACGGACAGUGGAUGUUUGGAACUCAUUCCCCAGCCAUUGGAUUUUCACCAUCAUCAAACUUGGAAUUUGUUCCUCUUUUCCCCCAUGUGUAUACAACUACUGGGCCACCACAUUCUGGAAAAAGUUGGAUAGAAAAGAGGCUACCAAAUUGCAAAAUCUUUUUGAACAAUGCAUUUGCUCUGGAUUCAGCAUGGAUACACCCUGAGGAAGUACGGAUCUACCAAGGACAUGAGAAGCCUCUUGUUAUGUCCAAUCAAGUUGCUGUGGCUUUAUCUAGGCCAGCUGCUGCCCCCAGGCCUCUUCCUGCAAUGGUGUUAACCCCCCAGCCUAUUCCAGGUGGUUGCCUUAAACAUGCUGGCAGUAACCAGACAAUUGCAUUUGCUGCAGCCAUGGUGUCGGUAGAUGCGGAAGCCCCUCAGGGACCAUCAACAGCCAGUGUCCAGCCAUGUCAUGUGCUCACCUUGUCACCGAUCAAAAUACCAGUGUUGACAUCACCUUUCCCAGGUGCUCCUUCCAGAAUGGAUACACGCAUGAGUUCCCUGAUGCCAACUCAAGUCACCAGGGUAGCGGCUAUUUCUUCGCCAUCUGUGACAUUCAUGGCAACCAAUUUGGUGGAUCAGACAUUAACAGAUAAAGGCAAAGAAUCAAACAGGACUUCCUGCCCACCAACCCUGAUAUUACAUACUGAAAUAAAAAACAAGCCAACAGAGAAUGAAGAGAAGAGUUGUUCUAUAAAACUACUCCCAGAAGAUGAGAGUGCUUCAAAUGGCAACAAGCCUGUGGCAUCCACUCCAGUUCCAGGAUCUCCUUGGUGUGUAGUCUGGACUGGAGAUGACCGAGUCUUCUUCUUCAACCCUACAAUGCAGUUGUCAGUGUGGGAGAAACCUGUGGAUCUAAAGAAUCGUGGUGAUAUUAACAGACUCAUUGAAGACCCACCUCAUAAGCGCAAACUGGAAACUUCAGCAACAGAUAAAACUGAUGGCUCUUCUUCAGAGGAUAUAAAUAAUGAUCACAGUACCAAAAGCAAGAGAAAUAAACUGGAAGAUAUGCAGAAUGCUGAGCCUGAAAAAGAAGACAAAACUGUGAAAGCGGCAGAACAUCAGAUUAUGCUUCCAUUGGAGGAACGUAUUACCCAUUUUCGAGAUAUGCUUCUGGAAAGAGGGGUGUCUGCAUUUUCCACAUGGGAAAAAGAGUUACAUAAAAUAGUUUUUGAUCCACGAUACCUUCUGCUUAAUUCAGAAGAACGUAAACAGAUCUUUGAGCAGUUUGUCAAGACCAGAAUAAGAGAAGAAUACAAGGAAAAGAAAAAUAAAUUACUACUAGCCAAAGAGGGAUUUAAAAAACUUCUGGAGGAAUCAAAAUUAUCACCCAGGACAACAUUUAAGGAGUUUGCAGAGAAACAUGGCAGAGAUCAACGAUUUCGGCUUGUUCAGAAGAAGAAAGACCAAGAGCAUUUUUUCAACCAGUUCAUACUUAUCCUUAAAAAGAGAGACAAAGAAAACAGAAUACGGCUACGGAAAAUGAGAUAAAGAAGAAAAAAAUUGCAAUAAGAACGCAAAUCAAAAACUGAGGUUUCUAUGGUGGAAAAACUUGAAGGGCAUGCGUUAUGUGUCAUCUUCUUUGAGUUCAUAUCCCAGCAAUUUUAUGAAAAGCCAGAUAACCUGGACCUGUUACUGUGCCAGAAGGUUCAAUGAACGCAUGUUAAGUUUAAGGCUGCACUGCAGGAAUCUGUAGGAUAUUUCAUUCUCAGAGACUUAAUGUUUCAUAUUGAAGCUCUCUUUUUUACAACAUUCAAGUUUGAUGUAUUUCUAAUUACCAUGAUAUGUCAGUCCCUUAAUUGUUUAAUUAUGCAAAUUACUUGUAAUAUACAUAAAUUCUAAAUCCAAUGUGAUUUGAAAUUAAGCAGCAACAGAUGCCAUCCAUAACAAUUGCAAGACAUUAUUUUUAACCACAUAAAGCAGUUCACUAAAAUCUGCGAUCCUGUGCACGCUUACUUGGAAGUAUAUCCAGUGAACUCAGUGGAUUUUAUUUCCUGGUAACCAUGCCUAGACUUGCAUCACACUGCAAUUUUUUGUUUUGUUUUGUACAUUAAACAUGAAUGGUUCAGAGGUCCAGUGAAUUGAAGAUAUCAUUAAUCAGUGUUCAUAAGUCUAAGUCUAGUUUUCUGAGUAGUAGUAGUAAUAGGGUAUUAAUUGUAAACCAUAGUGAAGAGUGUGAAUAUCUUGGCACCUUUCCUGUAGAACAAUGUAAAUCUUAAUUUUAAAAGAAAUGAAUUUGUAAGUAAAUUAUUCUGGAUGGUGCUCCAAGCACACCGAAAAGAGCGGCACUUCUCUAUUAAAUGCUACUAUAAAGAAGUUAUUUUGUAAAACCAUCCUAUUAAUAUUUGAGUUAUUUUUAUUGUAUGCAAAGAGUUUGCAUGAGAUUUGUCUCAUCUUUGUAUAAACAAAUAUUUUAACUUUUUUUUAAUUAAUAAAUAUUUUAAGACUA